AUGAAAAGUGCUGGAAAAAAUAAAUUGGGCAAACUUCAACAACAUUUUUCAUCCAUGGCUCAUAAAGCGGCAUUGUCCGAUUAUUGUAAUUUCUUAAUUACAGAAAGGCAUAUUGAUGUUUUCCUAGAUAAAAAUAAGAGAAAUACAUUAAUCGAACAAGAGAAAAUCCAUAGUCAAAAUAAGAGAGUUUUAUGGGUUUUAAUGGAUACAAUCAGAACAUUAGGCAUUCUAGGAUUGGGUUUUCGAAAAUCUGAUUCGGCUUCCGAAGGAAAUUUUGGACAAAUUGUAAACCUUAUAUCAAGACAUAACAGUGUCGUGAAACAAUGGUUUGACGACAGAAAAUUGCGCCCUUAUCAUGUGACAUACAUGAGUGGUGAAUCUCAAAAUGAAAUGAUCUCUUUAAUUGGAUCAGAGGUACGUAGUUUGAUAAUUGAAGAAAUUAAAGAAUGUUUAUUUUUUUCGAUAAUGGCUGAUACGACACCUGAUUUAUCCCAUAAGGAUAUACUCUCCCUGGUAAUACGUUAUGCCGACAAUAAGGGUAAUAUUCACGAAAGGCUUAUUAAGACCGUUGAAUGUUGCGAUAAAUCCGGACUGGGUAUGGCCGAGUUGUUAAUUAAAUGCCUAAGUGAGUUGGAAAUAGAUAGUUCUAAACUUGCUUUUCAAUCAUAUGAUUUUGCUAGUAACAUGUCCGGUCGUUUUAAUGGCGUACAAAAAAAAGUUACAGAUAUCGUCGAGCACAAUGUACCUUACAUUCCCUGUCAAGAUCACAGGACUAAUACAGUGCUUGAACAUGCUUGUAACGUAAGUGCAUUGAUUAGAAACUUUUUUGAUACUCUUGAAGAACUUUACGUAUUUUUUACAUCAAGCACAAAAAGAUUUAAACACCUGCAAAAAAAAAUACAAGAAAUAGAUAAAUCAGUUCAACUUAAAAACCUUUCAAGAACCAGAUGGACUGCAAAGGCAGACUCAGUCAGAGCUCUUAACCAAACAGUAGAUCAAAUUAUUGAAGUUCUAUCAGACAUUUCCAAAAAUAGAGAAUUUGAUGGUUCUACAAGAACUAAAGCAUUGGGACUUUACAAAAAGAUUUUAAAUUUUGACUUCAUAGCUAGCUUCUUUUUUCUAAAAAAUAUUUUACCAAAAAUUAAAAUUUUAACUGAAACGAUAGAAACACCUAAUUUAAAUAUAAUAGACUGCAUUAAUUUGAUAAAAACUACUGCCCUUAAUUUAAGAAAUACCGAUUAUGACCAUAACAGUUUAAAUAGUCUAAUUGAAAGUGCCAUAAAAUAUGCCGAAAAAUUAAAUAUUGAUCUUUAUUCUGAUUUUUCGAAAUAUCAUAGACGAAGGAUUAUGCCAAAAAAAAUUGAUGAAAAUCGUGACACUGAAGUCGAUAUGGAUUUAAAAACUUUUUAUAGGCGAGAUUUCCAGGAAAUUUUGGAUACCUUAUCAAGUGGUUUAAAUGAUAAUUUUGAGCAUAUCAAAAAAUCAAUUGAGCCACUGUAUUCAGUUUUAACAUUUCCACUUGAUAAAAGAAAUAUUACCUUAAAGAUUUUAGGUGACAUUGUUGCCAUGUUUCCUCCAGGUUCUAAAAAGCCUGAUGUCCAUUCUUUACAAGGUGAAUUAGAAGUUUUAUUUGAUAUGAACUCUAAAGUAAGUUCUUUUCCUGAACUAUUAUCUAAUGUAACCAAGUUAAAAGAUAAUUUAAAUCAAGCAUUUUGCUUUUGUAUGUUUGUAUUGACUGUACCCUAUGGUGUUUCAACCAACGAAAGGAGCUUUAGUCAAUUAAAAAUUAUUAAAAAUGUGUUAAGAACAACAAUGUCUGAUGAACGGCUUGAUAAUUUAAUGCCAUUAAAGUGUGAAUCUGACAUGGCGUUAAAAUUAGAUUUAGGUUACACAAUUGAUAAGUGGGCAACUCUAAAGAAAAGGCGAAUAAUUUUAAAAUAA